CUUUCUUAGCUGUGCAUGCCCAAAGGGCUGUCUUUCAGGACGCAGGCAGAUAACAGAGAUCCACAGCUCCAUUCGUUCAUCAUCACCAGAGAAGAUGGCUCUCGUACGUACGGGUUUGUGCUCACGUUCUACGAGGAGGUCACGAGCAAGCAGAUAUGCACAGCCAUGCAAACGCUCUACCAGAUGCACAACGCAGAGCAAUACAGCAGCGUCUGUGCCUCCUCCUCAUGCAGCAUGGACUCCCUGGCCAGCAGUAUCGACGAGGGCGACGCCACGUCCCUCGCCAAGCUCCAGCGGUACAACUCCUACGACAUCAGCAGAGACACACUGUACGUCUCCAAAUGCAUAUGCCUCAUCACCCCUCUGCCCUUCAUGCAAGCCUGCAAGAAAUUCCUGAUCCAGCUCUACAAAGCGGUGACCUCCCAGCAGCCGCCACCUCUGCCCCUGGAGAGCUACAUCCACAACAUCCUCUACGAGGUGCCCCUGCCACCCCCGGGGAGGUCGCUGAAGUUUUACGGGGUUUAUGAGCCCAUCAUUUGCCAGAGACCUGGGCCCAACGAGCUGCCACUCUCUGACUACCCGCUGCGGGAGGUCUUCGAGCUGCUGGGCCUGGAGAACCUGGUCCAGGUUUUCACCUGCGUUCUUCUGGAGAUGCAGAUCCUUCUGUACUCACAAGAUUAUCAGCGUCUGAUGACGGUGGCAGAGGGGAUCACGACGCUGCUGUUCCCGUUUCAGUGGCAGCACGUGUAUGUCCCCAUCCUUCCUGCCUCUCUCCUGCAUUUUCUGGAUGCUCCUGUUCCCUACUUGAUGGGGCUGCAGUCCAAAGAGGGAACCGACCGCUCCAAGCUGGAGCUGCCUCAGGAGGCAAACUUGUGCUUUGUAGACAUCGAUAACCAUUUCAUCGAACUGCCAGAGGAAUUCCCCCAGUUCCCCAACAAGCUGGAGUUUAUCCAGGAAAUCUCCGAGGUUCUCCUGCAGUUUGGGAUCCCGCCGGAGGGUAACCUGCACUGCAGUGACAGUGCCACCAAACUAAAGAACCUGGUUCUUAGCGAUUUGGUGAAUGACAAGAAGAAUGGGAACAUCCCCGGCAACGCCCUCAGCAUGUACGAACUGCUGAAAGGCAACGAGACGAUCGCCCGCCUGCAAGCCCUCGCCAAAAGAACGGGCGUGACGAUGGAAAAAAUGACCAUCACGGCUCCCCUCGUGGAGAAGGAGAAGGAUGGGAAAUUGCCAUGUGAGGAGGUGGAGCUGAGGGACUACAAACUGAACGUGCAGCUUCGCGAGGUUUUCGCCAACCGCUUCACACAGAUGUUUGCAGACUAUGAGGCUUUCGUCAUUCAAGCUGCCCCCGAUAUGGAGUCGUGGCUGACAAACAGGGAACAAAUGCAAAACUUUGACAAAGCUUCCUUCCUUUCGGACCAACCCGAGCCUUACCUCCCAUUCCUUUCACACUUCAUCGAAACACAGAUGUUUGCAACCUUCAUAGAUAAUAAGAUAAUCUCCCAGUGGGAAGAGAAGGAUCCUUUUCUGCGAGUUUUUGACUCCCGAAUUGAGAAAAUAAGGCUAUAUAAUGUAAGGGCCCCUGCACUGCGGACAUCCAACUAUCAGAAAUGCAGCACUUUGAAAGAAGCAGCCCAAUCCAUCGAGCAGCGGCUGAUGAAGAUUGAUCACACAGCUAUCCACCCACACUUACUUGAUAUGAAGAUCGGCCAAGGGAAAUACGAACAAGGGUUCUUCCCGAAGUUGCAAUCGGAUGUCUUGGCAACGGGACCGACCAAUAACAACCGCUGGGCCAGUCGCAGCAGCACCGCACAGCGGAGGAAGGACCGCCUGCGGCAGCACUCAGAGCACAUCGGGCUGGACAACGAUUUGAGGGAGAAAUACAUGCAGGAGGCAAGGAGUUUAGGAAAAAAUUUGAGGCAGCCCAAACUCUCAGACCUCUCUCCAGCUGUGAUUGCCCAGACCAACUGGAAAUUUGUGGAAGGGUUACUGAAAGAAUGUCGCAUGAAGACUAAACGCAUGUUGGUAGAGAAAAUGGGCCAUGAAGCGGUUGAGCUGGGACAUGGAGAAGCUAAUAUAACAGGUCUGGAGGAAAAUACGUUGAUUGCUAGUCUCUGUGAUCUGCUAGAAAGAAUCUGGAGCCAUGGUCUGCAGGUUAAGCAGGGGAAAUCUGCUUUGUGGUCACAUUUACUUCAGUACCAGGAGAGAGAAGAGAAGCAAGAGCAUAGUGCAGAGUCCCCAG